CCCAGCCGGGCCGCUGAGGUGUGACGCUCUCUCCCUUACCUGUUCAUCCCGACAGCUUGUUGAACAGAUAACACGCAGGUGUCAGCAGAGAGGGAGAUAAAGACAGCGCCUGCCAUCAAGAAGCCGAUUAUACUCAAACCUCUGUGGGUUUCAUCCCGUUCUUUAUGUAAUAAUUGAGGACUAAAGUGAUUUGAGGACAAGUAAACCCGCGCUAAUUCUGAGGAGAAUUUGCCCGCGCGCGAGAUGGUAAAUGUGUGGAAAGUGGAUACCGGAGAAUAAUAUUGACAAUAAAUGCACUUAGGCUAUUCCCAGAGGAGCUUUCCAAGGGCGGAUGAAUUACGCAGAGAGGGACGUCUGGAUUCUCCUUGGAAGUUUUGGGAGUCCAUUUAUACUGGUAAACUUACAGUAGGCUAAAUAAAUGGACAUGUUUGGGCAUUUUGAAAAUGCUAGUUGAGACCUAAUGCUUUGUGUUCAUACUCAAGAAAGAGUUUUAAAGGAAGGUUAAGUUUGCAUUAUGAGUAUUUAAAGACAAGUUAACAAAUACAUUCAUCUUAAAGAGGUGUUCAAGUCAUAUUUAGACCAAUUCGUAUUGAAAACCUGAGGUUUUGUAUACAAACCUUGGUUUCCAAAUACAAAAGGAUUCUGGAUUUGGAAAGCAUCAUGUCCUCACUCUCUUCUUGAGACUCCAGCUGCCAAACUAGUCAUCAACCUGAACCUGCAUUAACAUCAGAUCUGAAUUAUGGAUGGUGAUGGACAGCCUCUGGCUUCAAAUGGUGACUCGAAGCUCGGCUCCAGAGGAGGCUUCUCCUUAACCAACUGGCGUUCCUCUUCAAAGACUUUACUGCGAGGAGAGCAAGCAGGAGAGGACGUGAGCCGAAGGCUGCUGUCCGUUGUGAACCACCAGGAACGAACAGACUCAGGGGCCAGUCCCACCUCAAAAUCCCUUGAGGUGACCGCAAGGUUAGAUGGCACAACAGCAACCACCACUGUGACCACAUCCACUCCACCUUGCCUCGACAAAGCCAUGGCAGAGUCAACAGGGCCAGCAGGAGCCCCUCAGCCAUCCGAAUCAGAGGAAAGGGUCUUCGCUGACCAGUCCACAUUUCUCCAGAGACAGUUCAGCUCCAUGCUGCAGCCAGGGGUCAACAAGUUCUCUCUGCGAAUGUUUGGGAGUGCGAAGGGGGUUGCAGCCGAGCAGGAACGGGUCAAGUCAUUUGGGGUUUGGAUUAUACAUCCAUAUAGUGACUUCAGGUUCUUUUGGGACUUUGUGAUGCUGUGCCUGAUGAUGGGCAACCUCAUCAUUUUGCCAUGGGGCAUCACCUUCUUUGAGGAUCAGAAUACGCUACCGUGGAUCACCUUCAAUGUGGCCUCUGACACCCUCUUCCUGGCUGACCUCGUCUUAAACUUUCGUACCGGCAUUAUGGAAGGCGAUAACUCCCAAAUCAUCCUGGACCCGCAAGUGAUCAGUCGGCGUUACCUGCGAGGCUGGUUUCUGGUGGAUUUCAUCUCCUCCAUUCCAGUCGACUACAUCUUCCUGGUGGUGGAUAUAGAGGCACGACUUGAGUCGGCAGAGGUGUACCGCACCGCCAGGGCUUUGCGCAUUGUACGCUUCACCAAGAUCCUCAGUCUGCUCAGAUUGCUGCGCUUGUCCAGACUUAUACGUUACAUUCAUCAGUGGGAAGAGAUCUUCCAUAUGACCUAUGACCUUGCAAGCGCAGUAGUUCGCAUAGUGAAUCUGAUUGGAAUGAUGCUGCUGCUGUGUCACUGGGAUGGCUGCAUGCAGUUCAUGGUGCCCAUGUUGCAAGAUUUCCCGCCAAACUGCUGGGUCGCCAAAAACAACAUGGUGAAUGCCACUUGGGAUGUCCAAUACUCCUAUGCCCUUUUUAUGGCCAUGAGCCAUAUGCUGUGUAUUGGAUAUGGUGCUCAGGCACCUGAGGGACCAACUGACGUCUGGCUCACGAUGAUCAGCAUGAUCAUUGGCGCCACCUGCUAUGCCAUGUUCUUGGGCAAUGCCACCAACCUGAUCCAGUCCUUGGAUGCUUCCCAUCGGCAGUAUCAAGAGAAGUACAAACAGGUGGAACAGUACAUGUCCUUCCACAAGCUGCCGGCUGACAUGAGGCAGAGGAUCCACGAGUAUUAUGAGCACCGCUUCCAGGGCAAGAUAUUUCACGAAGAAAGUAUCCUCGAAGAACUCAAUGACCCACUAAAAGAGGAGAUUGUCAACUAUAACUGCCAUGGGCUAGUGGCUAACAUGCCUCUCUUUGCAAAUGCUGAUCCUCACUUUGUCACAGUGCUCCUCACAAAGUUACGCUUCGAGGUCUUUCAGCCGGGUGAUUUCAUCAUCCGUGAAGGGAUGCUCGGUCGUAAAAUGUACUUCAUCCAGCAUGGCUGCGUCUGUGUGAUCACUCAUGACAAUAAAGAGAAGAAACUGAAUGACGGCUGCUACUUCGGCGAGAUCUGUCUGCUCACCCGUGGACGUCGUACAGCCAGCGUCAGAGCGGACACAUACUGCAGACUUUAUUCGCUCAGUGUGGACAGCUUUAAUGAGGUCUUAGAGGAGAACCCAUUAAUGAGGAGGGCGUUUGAGAGUGUAGCGGUGGACCGGCUGGAGCGGGAGCGUGAGGGAAACGGUAUUGUGCAUUCACACAGGAGCGUGGAGGAUGAUGGGGACUGAUGAACAUUGACUGACCGGAGACUCACCGAAGAUGACUGAAUGCA